AUGCUCCGGAUGUACGAACCACGACUCGCGGCCAGACGGUACGUGCUGACGAGAACCGCCGUGCGGUUCAACUCCACCGCCCCGAAGCCCACGCUGUGGCACAAGGUCAAGCACGAGGCCCAGCACUACUGGGCAGGCACCAAGCUGUUGGGCCUCGAGAUCAAAAUCUCGUCCAAACUGGUGCUCAAGUCGGCGUCGGGGUAUGAGCUCACGCGCAGAGAGUACAGACAACUGCAGCGGACCACCGCCGACGUGUUGCGGCUGUUUCCGUUUGCGAUGUUUGUUUUGGUUCCGUUUGCAGAGCUUUUACUGCCGGUGGCCCUGAAACUGUUCCCUAACCUGCUGCCGUCCACGUACGAGUCCAAGAAGGACAAGGAGAAGAACCUGUUGAAGCUCAGAGACACGCGCACCAAGGUGAGCGAGAUCCUCAGAACACAGGCCAAGCCCAUCAAAUUGCCGUCCACCAUCACCGAGGAGCAACGGGCCGACUUUAAGGACUUUUACUCCAAGCUGCGGAGCACCGGGUCCGACUCGAUCCCCAAGGAACAGCUUCUGCGUGUGGCCAAGCUGUUCAAAGACGACCUGAUUCUGGAUAACGUGUCACGGGGCAUUCUGAUAGCCAUUGCCAAGUACAUCAAUCUGCGGCCGUUUGGAACAGACCAGAUCCUGCGGUACCGGAUCCGGCACAAGAUGCUGAAAAUCAAGCAGGACGACAAGCUGAUCGAGUACGAGGGGGUCAAGUCGUUGUCGCCGCUCGAGCUGCAGGUGGCCUGUGCCUCGCGCGGGCUGCGUAUUGCCGACAUCUCGCUUGACAGACAACGGGAGCUGCUACAGUUCUGGCUCAACAUGCGGCUAAGAGAGAAGAUCCCGUCCACGCUGCUGAUUCUGGCCAACGCGUAUACGUACGGCGCGCCGGCAGAGUACUCGCAGUACGAUGCGUUGAAGUCCGUGCUCAACUCGCUGCCCGAGGAGUUCUACCACGAGCAGGAGCUGCAUGUGGACGAGGACAGGGCCACUUUCGAGCAACGGAUGAACGUCAUCAAGGAGCAGGAGCAUCUGAUCAAGAGCGAGAAUGUCCAGGAGCAGGACCACAAGGUCAUUGUCAAGGACAAGCUGAGUCUGGACGACGAGGACAAGCCGCACGGGUCUAAAUAG